AUGGUAGCCAGUGCAUGUUCAACAGGUGCUUUGUCAUUCCUAUUGUCACCUUACGUAAACUCGAUUCAUCUUCAUAUCCCUCAUCAUGAUGGUACAAAAAGACAACCUCCCAUUUCACCUAAUACAAUGAUCUCUAUCGAGACACUUGAUCUCUUAGCUCGUCAACGUACAACUACACUUCAACUGAAAGACCUGAUGCCUGUAACAAACUCAUCACUCAUGACUUGGGUGGUAAACAAGAAAACACUCGAAAAACAAUAUUAUCUAGAGCAAACCAAGGGCAUUGAGCCUAAAAUUAAACAACAUCGUUUCUGGUUAGAUCAAAGAAAUGGUAUGGGUGAUAGAGAUAUUAUGUCAAGUAUUUUACGUAUUGUUCACGAACAAGGCAAACAAAGAAUGAUUUAA